AUGAGUCUAGCAACCAAAUCUCUCUCCAUUGAUCUUCUACCCUUAUUUCUCCUUCUCAUCCCAUUGCUUCAUAUCAGAGCCCUUGCCCGUGACACAACAUCAUCCCUUAGUCUUGUUAACACCAUUCAUGUUGCUAGCAACGAGACUGAUUUCCAUGCAUCAUUGGCCUUCAAGUCAAGCAUUUUCCCAAAGUAUCAACAGGCUUUGAGCUCAUGGAAUGAAUCUCUCCAUUUCUGUCACUGGGAAGGUGUCAAAUGCGGCCGCCGACACGAACGAGUCACCGUUGUAGACCUCACCUCUAAAGGUCUAGCAAGUUCUUUGUCUCCUUAUAUCGGAAACCUCAGCUUUCUACGGGAGCUUAGCCUCAGAAACAACACUUUCAUUGGUGAAAUUCCAAUUGAACUCGGUAAUCUUUUCAAGUUACAGAUACUGAAACUCGCGUAUAACGGUUUUGAAGGGAAAAUUCCAACAAGCCUAUCUCGUUGCUCCAAUCUCCCGUUCCUUAGUGUAACCAGCAACAAGCUAGUUGGAGAGUUCCCGAAAGAACUUGGUUAUUCAAUGCCGAGACUCAAAUCACUCUAUGUUACCAGUAACAAUUUGACCGGAGGGGUUUCUCCGUUGAUUGGGAAUCUUACUUCUCUGGUAAACUUUAGUGCCUCUUCCAAUCCGUUUGGAGGAAGUAUUCCAAAUGCUUUGGGUCAAUUGAAAAAUUUAAGGUAUUUUGGGUUAGGUGCCACUCAAAUUUCAGGUACCAUCCCUCCUGCCUUUUACAACCUAUCCUUGCUAGUUGGGUUAUCAGUGCCUUAUAAUCAACUUCGGGGUAGUCUUCCGCCGACAUUGGGUUUCAUGUUCCCUCACCUUCACCUCCUUCAGCUAAAGUACAACCAAUUUGAUGGUCCCCUUCCGCUUUCAAUAUCUAACUGUUCGCAGUUGGUACAACUCGAAUUGGAUGCAAAUAAUUUUAGUGGGAAAGUAAGAAAUGAUUUCGGGAGCCUACAAAAUCUCCGUGUUAUAUUUCUAUCUUGUAACAAUUUUGAAGCUAGGGGAUCGGAUGGACUAGCCUUUCUUAGUUCUUUGACCAAUUGUAGCAAUUUGAAGCUGCUGGGUUUGGAAGAUGACCAAUUUGGAGGUGUAUUACCAAAUUUUGUGGGCAAUCUAUCAAUCUCGAUCUCUCUAUUGGUUGUUACUAGGUGGAAAUCAAUUGUAUGGAUCUAUUCCUUCAACAAUAGGAAACCUUGUGAAAUUCCAAAGUCGAUUGGAAAUUUGUCAAUGAUGAGUAACCUUUACUUGGCGGAAAACAGACUAGAGGGAGCCAUUCCCUCGAGUCUGGGAGACUGUCGAAAUUUGUUAGAGUUAGCACUUGAAGAAAAUAACCUUAAUGGGAGCAUUCCAAGACAACUUUUGAUGGUCUCUUCUCUAUCAAUUGCUUUGGAUCUUUCUCGCAACCGCUCGUCUGGAUCCUUGCCACCAGAGGUUGGAUACCUCAAAAAUUUAGCAGAAAUCGAUAUCUCUGAGAAUGUUAUGUCUGGUGAAAUUCCUGGGACUCUAGGAAGCUGUAGUAGCCUUGAAAACCUGUAUUUGCAGCAAAAUUCAUUUGAAGGAUCUAUUCCUUCGUCAUUGAAAUCCUUGAGAGGUAUUGAGAAUUUGAACUUUUCUCACAACAACUUAUCUGGUCAAAUUCCGAGCUUCUUGGGGACUUUUUUCUUGAAGAGUCUCAAUUUGUCCUUCAACGAUUUUGAAGGAGAGUUACCAAUGAGAGGUGUCUUCACAAAUGCAAGUGCAAUAUCUGUUGCAGGAAAUUAUAGGCUUUGUGGUGGCAUUUCUGAACUGCAACUACCUCGGUGCACCACAAAAAAAAUCAAGAAAUACGAAGUUUCUUUCACGGACCGUUUGUUACAACAACUCGUUGGUGUAACCGUAGUGUCAUCUUUCAUCAUAUGUUUGUUCAAGAAGAAAAGAAAGACCAAACCUACAGUUUCAUUGUCGAAAGAUCCAUUCUUGAAAGUCUCUUAUGGAGAACUUCUCAAAGCAAUUGAAGGUUUCUCUUCGAGAAAUUUGCUUGGCUUUGGUAGUUUCGGUCGUGUGUAUGAAGGUGUUAUUGACCAAAAUGGGGAGUUAAUUGUUGCUGUUAAAGUACUUGAGCUUCAAACUCGUGGCGCUACCAAGAGUUUCAUGGCAGAGUGCGAAGCAUUAAGGAAUAUUCGACACCGAAACCUAGUUUCAAUCAUAACUUCUUGUUCUAGCAUGGAUUUUCAAGGGAACGAGUUUAAAGCUCUAGUUUACGAGUUCAUGCCGAAUGGAAGUCUAGAUAAUUGGUUGCAUCAUAUUCAGGAGGUAAAUAAUGGGGAACGUGAGAUCUUGGGACUCGAUCUUCUACGUAGAGUAGACAUUGCCAUAGACGUGGCUUGUGCACUCAAUUAUCUUCAUCACCAAUGCGAAAUGCCAAUUAUUCACUGCGAUCUAAAGCCGAGUAAUAUCCUUCUUGAUGGAGACAUGGUUGCCCAUGUUGGAGAUUUCGGUCUAGCUAAAUUUCGGGUAGAGCUCACCACUCCAAGUACUAGCAGCUCAAGUGCAACAAAGGGAACCAUUGGAUAUGCAGCUCCAGAGUAUGGUCUCGGAAGCGAGAUGUCAACUAGAGGAGAUGUUUAUAGUUAUGGGAUCGUGUUGUUGGAGAUGAUAACAAGGAAGAGACCCACUGACAAAAUGUUUGAGGCGGAUCUUAAUCUUCAUAACUUUGCAAGCAUGGCCUUGCCUCAACAUGUGAUGGAGAUUGUAGACCCUAUGCUCCUAACCGAGGACACAAAUGGCAGCAAAAUAAUGGAAAAUCUAAUCUCUCUUAUCAAGAUAGGACUGGCAUGCUCUACAGAAUCUCCAAAAGACCGAAUGGACAUGAAUAUUGCACUCCAUGAGCUUCAUCUGGUGAAGAACAAUAUUUUGAAGGUCCGAACAUCGGGGACCCGUAGCUCGCACGUUUGACAAGUUUGCUCGGCACGUUCUUGGUGAGUCUUGUACAUGCGUGCAUUCUUUUAAACUUAUAAGUUUGGAACUUAUUUCAGUAUUUUUUACUUUUCGUAACAUUUUGUUUAGCUUUUCAACGUAAUUUUAGGGGUUAAACGUUUGUCUCGACGUAACUUUUUGUUUAGCUUUUCAUAUUUAGUUAA